UCGGUUCUGAAUUAUAUCUAUAAAGCAGUGUCUAUCUCUCGUAGUUAUGAGCUUUUCCGUCUAGCUCACCAACAUCCUAACGAACGAAGCCCAUCUACAGCAAAAUGGCUAGCCUUUUCAACGUCGGACUCGUCUUAUCAAUGGCGACUACUGCCCUGGCCUUGGGAACUGGAUGGCCGACUUCCGGUACCGAGAGUGGUCAAGUUCGCGUUUAUAGCUGGAGUCAGGCAGCGGAGGUUGGAUGUCUGACGGCGGAUGCGAGCUGGACUGCGUCUGGAAACUGCGAUACUUUUACUGCGCAAGCUCUUGGUCCUAUAUACGUUGACAGGCCAUGGACUCAGCUCGAGAUCAAGAACAGUGCUGGUAACAAAUGUUGGUUUAACGAUGAAGAAGAUCUAAAGCUCGCAUGUGACGACUCGGUCGCCACCACUCUUUGGGUGCAUGCAUCGGAUUACAAGUCUGACAGUUAGUGAUCCCCUUGGUUUGGCAUGGUGAAUUGUAAUACUAAUAUAGUUGAACGUAUAGUUCUUGUUCACAACCGAGCGUUAGACAGCUACGUUCCAUUUGAUGGUAGUAAGCCUUCCGGGAGCAAAGCUGUGGCUUUGAAGAGCAAAGGACAGACUCAAGACGGCAAUAACUACCAGCUUAUAUGGGUAAAACAGUGAAUAUGCUGAAUAUGCUGCAUGGGUGUGUCUAGUUAAUAGGUUGGCUGUAUUACGGCAAACGACAGCAAAUGGUGAAUGGGGGAUAUCUAUUAGAAAUACAUAGUACAAG